GUACGCCUCUGGCACCAAAAUCGGCCAGCGGGCAGUACACUAGUUGCUCUUGAAGCUCCAGGAACGGCCAGAACAUCGUCUAAAGCUUUAGUGACAGAUCAAUAGAUACGCUAAACAGUCGCGUGAGGGGACGCGCAGUAAGCGAUGGCGACGCUCCCUCCUACAAGCCAGCCGAGCGCCAAGCAGCCGCCUACGUCUAUGAGCGGCCACGGCUUCCUGUCGUCUCCGCAAGCCUCCGACUACCUGCCGUCUAUCUCGCCUACCGUAGUCUACUCGACGGCUCAAACGGCGUGGACGCCGCAGGAGCUACAGACGCUGCACGCCGGUCUCACGCAGUUCCCGGCCGACCAGUUCGAUAAUGUCACGCGCUACAUUAAGAUCGCCGCCACGUUGCCUCGGAAAUGCGUGCGGGACGUGGCCUUUAAGGUCAAGGCGCUGGGAUAUCCUAGCGGCCAGCCUACAGCCACCAAACGCAUGAAGAUCGAGCCGUACCACGACUCCAACCAGUCGUCAGCUACGGCUGAACUGGAGGAAGCGCGACUCGCAGCGCUACUGCAGGAUAACGUACUGGCCAUCAACACGAUGCGCACGAAUCUACUGAACGGCAAAGCCGACGAGAACCGCGCGCAGAUGCUCAAAUUCCGCGAAAACUGCGAAACGGUGCUCUCAGCUCUUGGAGGCAUCUGUACGUCCAUUCCACCGUUGCCACUACAACUCGACACGUCGUUGUUAGAAGACAACGAGGAUAGCAAAACAAAUAGCAAUGGCAGCAAGAAGAACCAGUAGGAACCAAGUAUACUUGCUCCACAUACCUGGUAUUUGCUGCACUAUCUACCAUAUCC